AUGACGCUGAAUCCCAGACUGAAGCAGCCCCUUCCCAGAGCAGAAGUCCGGCGAGCCGGCUGGGCGGGCGGCAGCGCGCUGCAGACCCCGCCGGAGCCCCUCCCCUGCCUGUUUGCAUUCCUCCUUCCCACCCCCGGCCUCGGCACACACUGCUUCCUGUUCCUGGAACUUGCUGUCCUGGAGCUGGCCUCCUCCGGGGGAAACUUUGGUGUGCUUUCCCCGAGUGCCUGGGCCUCCACCGUCCUCUCACUCUCUGCCAACCGUCCAGCUCCCCCCGUGACGGUUCAGCCAGCGCCUCAGCCCCUGCGGGCCCGUCCGCCCCUGAGGACAGCAGUCAGCCUCCACUGGGAAGAGGAGCUGGGCAGGAGGAGCGGGGAGAACUCCGAGCCUGGAGCUGGCAGGGCCUGGAGCAAACCCCUCCUGCAGGCCACGUCCCCAGCCCAGGCCCACUGGGCUGCUCCUGUCCAGCCAAGGCUGCAAGGGCUCCGAGCCACAGGCAGGGCCACCCCAGAGGCGCCCCGAGGGACUGGCCCUGGGGUCUUCCUGUCCACCGAGUCUGCGCCUCCAGAGUCAGACUGGCCCCUUCGUGGUGUACAUUCUGGCUCCAGCCAGCAGGGUAAUGAAGGCACCCCCAGCACCCUCACCAGCAGCACGGAGUUGGUGCAGGCGCCGCAAGCCGGCUGCAGCCAGGGCAGCCACGGGUACGCCAGGACCGCCAGGUCCGCCGCCUCGGAGCCCGGAACCCAGCCGCCCAACACCCAGGCUGAGGACGUUGCGGCAGAGUCCAGGAAGCCGCCCAAAUCUGGGGGCAAAAGGGAGCCAGGAGCCCAGAUAACCCUGGGCCUCCGUUUCCGCACCUGUAGAGGGAGGCUACGUCCCCCCGCCCGCUUCCCACAGGGAACAGAGCCAGCGGCGGGCAGGGUGGGGCCACUCCCCGGGGCGCCGCUGACCCCCCACCGCCUGGUCCACCAGCCCUUCCCUGUCCUCCUGCUCCUGCUCUGGCCACCCACCAGCCUGGCUCUCCACAGCCCCCCACUCCGGCCGGGGGCCCGCACCCACGCAGCCGGGACCCCGCGCUGCUACUCGGCGGCGGAGCUACCCCUGGGCCACGACCCUCCCCACCUGCUGGCUCGAGCGGCCAAGUGGGAGCAGGCGUUGCCGGUGGCGCUGGUGUCCAGCCUGGAGGCGGCGGGCCGCAGGGGCCGGCACGCGGGGCUGCCGGCCGGGAACCAGUGCCCUGUGCUGCAGCCCGAGGAGGUGCUGGAAGCUGACGUCCACCAGCGCUCCAUCUCGCCCUGGAGAUACCGCGUGGACACGGACGAGAGCCGCUACCCCCAGAAGCUGGCCUUCGCCGAGUGCCUGUGCAGGGGCUGCAUCAGCACCAGGACAGGCCGCGAGACGGCUGCGCUCAACUCCGUGCCGCUGGUCCGGAGCCUCCUGGUGCUGCGCCGUCGGCCCUGCUCCCGGGAUGCGGCGGGGGCGCCCACGCCGGGGGCCUUCACCUUCCACACCGAGUUCAUCCGAGUGCCCGUGGGCUGCACCUGUGUGCUGCCCAGGUCGUCCCGGUGA